UGCCAAUCAGCCAGCAGGGGAAGGACAGGCUUGUUUAGUUUAGAGAGAACUCUGAUCUGAAACACAACGCUGUUAUGUCGGACACUGGAGUGUGUUUAAGCGUCUGAGAAUGAAUGAAUCAGGGAACAGCACUAUCAACGAGGAGCACCUGAUCAAAAUCAGGGUCUUUGCUUCUGUAACCUCCUUUGUUCUGCUGGCUUUCUUCAAUCUUGUAAUUGAUUAUACUAUUCUGAGUGAGGACCGUCUGCGAUCUCAAGCCAGGUUUGUCCUGCUGUUCCACCUUUUGGUAUCAGGUCUGAUCUACUUUGGUCUGAGCAGCACUUUCUACCUCCUCAUUUACCUAGAGGUGGCCAUGUCAGCAUCGUGUUGCCUGAUCCUCCUGAUGUUCCUGAUGAUGAGCGGCUCCACCAUCCUCCUGACCCUGACCGUGAUGGCGGUCGACCGGUACUUUGCCAUCUGUCAUCCGCUCAAGUACAGCUCCUUCUGCACCCCAUGCAAAAUCUGGAUUCUCAGCAGCCUGACCUGGGUGGUCUCAGCAGUCAUCCCUCUCAUCCUGGUCUCCCAGCAUACGAAGAAAGAUCCCAGUCAGGGGUUCAGGACCUGCUUAAUCUCCAACUUCCAUUCCAGCUACAGCACAAAACACACUUCUAAAAUCCUUCUGAUCUGUAUCUGUACAGUCCUCAUACUCUUCAGCUACUACAAAAUUCUGGCAGAAGGCAAGCGUAUCGGUGUGCUGAACCGCCGAAAUAAGAGGGCACGGAGCACCAUUUUAAUGCAUGGGGUUCAACUGGCAGUCUACAUAAUUCCCACGUUCAUCAACUUCAUUCUGCAACAAGUGGCACAUGCCAAGAAGCUCGAUGGGAGUACUAAGACCCUCUUUGAGGUACUGAACUUUGCCUUCUUCAGCCUGGCACAGUGCAUCAGCCCUGUUAUCUAUGGUCUACGCAAAGAGGAGUUGUGGGAACUCACUUCGCACAAGUUCCCAUGCUUCCUGUGGGACUUCAAGGGGACUCUGGAGUUAGUGCGGACGACUCUGCUCUUGUCCACGAAAUCGAACCCUCCAGCUGCAGUCCAGACCUGUCCUGAGGUGCUAACCCUGGUGAGUGAGGAGACCACAGGAAAAUGCACCAAGUAGUGCCACCUAACCCAUUUCUAGCUAUCUCUUGGGAUUUCACGGGAUUUUGCCACAUCUCACUGACCGCGUGUGUGGUCAACAAACAGGUUCCUCAGUCCUUGGGAAAAGGGCACCAAAACUUCUCUGACUUUAUUGCUGAAUAUUUUUGUUCACUAUGACUAAACACGAUGACUGAAUGUUGAUGACUAAUAGUUUUUCUUCAUCUCCUGUAAACACCCCCUCCCCCAUCCUCAGUCUCCCAUUGUUUCUUCAACUCUCAAUUCAAACACUUAAAAAUAGUUGGAAAUCCAGUCCAGGAGGGAGAUUGGGAACAAAACACUUUAACCUUUAGCUCUUUCACAGAGCUGGCACAGGCACGGAAGAUGGACUGAAUGGUCUCUUGCUGUGCUCUGUUGUUCUGACUUCCAGAAACAAAACCUGAAGGGACUAAAACAAGGGCUUAAAACUCUGAAGAGACAGUUUGAUUUUUUUCUACACAAAGGACUUUAGAUUGGGAAACUGUAGUAAAUCAGAAAAAAUCUACAUGCAAUUAUAAAAAGAAAACUAUGAAGAAAGACCAUUAAUUGGUACCCUGCUAUGAAAUGGAAUGUGGCGAGUUAAUGCAUGGUGUGAUGUUAAUGUUUUGGUUAUUUUUGGCUUAAAGCUCAAAAUAAACAGUGUGGUCCACCCCUGCGUAAAAACAAACAGCAUCUGUGUAAAAUGUGAAAACUAAACAUCUUCUGGGAAUACCGGAUUCCAAAGGUGAAUUGUGCAGUGAACAAAAGGAGUUGCUAUCCGUACAGGGUGAUGAGGAACCAGAAACAAUGCUGGAACUGAACUCUGGAGAGUGAUUUGAGAUUUUCGGCAACGUUCUGAUUGUGAGCUUGGGUUCAAGCACUACAACCUGAUCACCCUUCAGAGUGCCCAGAUGGUUAUCAUUGUGGUGAAAAGGUGGAAUUGUUGCUGAAGUAAACAGUCCAGUGUCUCGACUGUACCAUGGGAAUGGAACCAUAGCUCCUUUUGGAGCAAAUCCGAAUGGCUGCUGGCAAAGGACUAAAAACAGAAAAGGCAGCAGCUCCGGCUGCAUCUGAGGAAUUGGAGAAAAGGAAUGAACAGUUAAGGUCAAAAAUAUCUUGAUACCCUAUGCUGUCUCACUCCCAAAAUUUUCUGCUUCCCAGGAUUGUAUCCCAUGGCCAAAAGACUAGGAGAACAUUACCGUACCUGUUUGCUUGGAGGCAGUAAUACUGUAAAUACUCUUUUGUUUUCUUAAGCUUAAAGCAGCCAGAAAGGAAAUCAAGCAACAAAGCCUGGCAGGAAAGCUUUUGUAUGAAGCCUACAACUAAAUUAAUAAUGAAAUAGCUAUAUGUUUUGUUUUAAUUGUCAAUCCCAACACUGCCAUGAUUUGAUUUGUGUGCAAUGACUUUUUUUAAGAUACUGAUUAAAGUUGUCUGUGAAUUGAAA